CUCUCUCUCUCUCUCUCUCUUCCCUCUACAAAAUCGAAAUCUUUCCUCAGCAAGAAAGCGAAUCUUCCUCACACUUGCGUUCUCUCACUCUUAUAUUGGAGUCACCGGAAUCUGCCACCGUCUCCAUAAGUGUCCGGUGAACACUUUACAGAUAUUUACAGCAAGAGAUUCAUAUAACUAUUCGCAAUUAACGCGGUCACUUUCUUCCGGAAAUCUCGCUGGUUGAUAUCGCCUGCAACUGUAUCAGGUCAGGUGGUUGCCUGCCACCUCCACCAUGAACGACGGAGACGACCACCACAUCCCCUCUUUACAACUCCAGAAGCUAAAAGUUGUAUCGGCCCUUGGCCGAGGAGCGAAAGGCGUUGUGUUCUUGGUCCAAACAGAAAGCGGAGAAUUGCUGGCUUUGAAGGCAAUCUUGAGACAUUCGAUCGAUAAGAACAAGGGGAAUGGCAAUAGUGAUGAUAGCGAGUACAGAAGAGUUUGCUUUGAGCAAGAGGUGUUGAAGUGCUUUCGACAUCCUCUGCUGCCGAAACUCCAUGGAGUUGUGGUUACGGAAAAGAUCGUUGGAUAUGCUAUUGAUUACUGUCCUGGCCGCGAUCUUAAUUCUCUCAGAAAGAAACAGACGGAGAAGAUGUUCUCCGAUGAUAUCACCAGGUUUUAUGCAGCAGAGUUGGUACUGGCAUUGGAGUAUUUGCACAGUUUGGGAAUAGUUUACAGAGAUUUGAAGCCAGAGAACGUAAUGAUCCAAGAAAACGGACAUCUAAUGCUCGUCGAUUUCGAUCUCUCAACCAAACUCUGCUCCGCAAAAACUCCUGAAUCUCCUCCGAUCGUCGAACCGGUACCCAAAUCAGGGCCGGUCAAGAAAAAGAAUGUCGCUGCGUUCUACAGGUGUUGCAGUUCAGGAAUUUCACCUGAAGACACCGUCUCCGUCCCUCCAGCAGAACUCGGUGCCAACUCAAGGACUUCCACUUCCGAGUCAGACUCGGUUGAGAAGUCGAACUCGUUCGUUGGAACCGAGGAAUACGUGGCGCCUGAGAUCAUACUUGGCACCGGACACGAUUUUGCGGUGGACUGUUGGUGCUUAGGUGUCGUUCUUUACGAAAUGUUGUACGGUACGACGCCGUUUAGGGGGUCGAACAGGAAAGAGACAUUUCAUCGGAUUUUGAAGAAGUCGCCGGAAUUAGUGGGAGAGCCAACGGCGUUGCGGGACUUAAUUGGAAAAUUGCUUGAAAAGGACCCAAAGCAGAGGAUUUCGCUUGAGAAAGUGAAAGUACAUGAUUUCUUCAAAGGGGUUGAUUGGAAUCUGAUUUUGCGAAUCCAAAGGCCACCAUGUAUACCUGUACGACCCGAGGAUAAGGGUAUUGAAGGAAAUAAGGGAAUUGAUGUGGAAGAUUUUGUCCAUGAAAUUUUUAAAGCUGUGGAGGAGGAGAAAGAGGAAGAAAAUAAGGAUUCGGAAAAGAAGAGUAAUGAUGAAAGUAGAAAUAAUGGGGUGUGGGUUGAAGAACAGAAUUACCCUACACGAGGUGACAAUUUUUUGAGUUUUUAGCUUUAAGUAUUCUAUAAUUUUGUUCAUCCAAAAGUUUUUUUGACUGGAUGACCUUACUCAUAUGACAUACAUUUGCUGAUUGCACUUAUAUA